AUGAUUGAUAUUAUUGAAAAAUACAUGAUGAAGUUUAUUCUAUGUAGAGAAGUGGUCAUCAUUACUCGUCCUGGUGGACUCUCCUUCUCCAAAGGUACCUGGUACAGUUAUCGAUACUCCACCAGCAGCAGUACCUCUCUGCAGGCCACUGGGACACAGAAGAGCAGUGUGGGACUUGAGGGUUUGGUGAUUCUGGAUGUUAUCAGCAGGUGCCACAUGGUCCUGUGGCUCCAAGACAUCCAGAUUAAGUCUUCUCUGGAAUCCAAGGAAGAGCCUAUAAAGGAAUCAGAAAGUCUGAGGAUGACUUUGGAAAAGUUCCCACUUGCCUUUGUGUUUCGUGAUGGAAAGAUUCCUAAGGUCUGCCCCCACCGAGGAGAUCCAAGCUGGGUCGUAAACAUCAAACGUGGUGUCUUAAGUCUCCUUCAGACCAGCCCUGGAACCACCAUUCCAGAAAUCAUUGAUGAGAUCGAUGUCUUGGGAAAAUGCCCUACCACAUACACACGAAAAGGUUCCCGACUCCUGAAGACAAAGGACUUAACCCAGUGUUCUCUCCGACACCAUGGAUUUACUUUUCUUCGGUCAGAAGUUCUUCCAGGGAUGACAUCCUCGCAGCCGAGCUUGGUUUCAAAGGUGGAAUGCUACCAGAGUUUCCAGGAAGGUCUGCUAGAGGAGACAAAAUGCACAGAGUUUGACGUAGUUGGACCCUUCUCUGAGAAAGGGAAUGGCGUGCAGACCAGGACACACUCCACCCUGAGUCUGCUGCAUGUGAAGCCCCAGGCUCCAUCCAACAAAGAUUAUGGACAAUUUUAUGUGAGCAAUCUGCUGUACGAGUGGGAAGGCCUGGCCACCCAAACCCAGGUAGCUGAUGUAGCCGAAUCUGUGAGGAAGUUGUGCCUGGCUCAGGCUACAAGUUUUGAGACUGCAGAACUCUUCAUGGAUCUGGUAUUCGAGCUGAGGGGCUUGUCUGCCGACUCGCUGAUGGAUCUCUGGCGAAGAUCUUCAUUUAAAUGCAGAGACAAUUGGCAACCCCUGGUGGAUGCUCUGCCCUCUUGUGGAACAGAAGCUUGUAUUGCCCUCAUGAAGGAGCUCAUCGUGUCUGGAGAUGUGGAAAACGAUGAGGCAGAAUCAUUCCUCUGGUCCUUGGCAUUUGUCCCUCAGCCCACAUCUGGCAUGGUUCAUUUACUGCUGCCUUUGCUGCAGUCCCCAGGAGUGAGUUCGAGUGCCUUCCUCACCAUCUCUGCACUUGUACACAACCUGUGCAUGGCAGGUGGAGUCUGUGAGCGACUCCCAGGAGUGAGCUCAUUCAUGCAGAUCCUUCGAGAAGCCUUAGGAGAGAGCUGUAGCUCUCAGGGGUCCAAGGACACUGGCCGGCUCCAGCUCGUGUUGAAGGCCAUUGGCAAUGCAGGCUUGGCAGCAGCCCCUCUCACCCCGGUCCUGAGCUCCUGUGCAGCCACAAAGAGCAAUGCUCCUGAAAUACGGCUGGCUGCAAUCCAGGCCUUUCGGAGGAUCCCUUGCUCUGUGAACCGCUCUGGACUUGCUCAGCUAUACCAAGCCACUGAAGAAGAUGCUGAAAUCCGCAUGACUGCCUACUACUUCUUUAUGAAAUGUCCCAGCGAGGAAACAUUUGCCUUGGUGCGUGAAACCCAGGCAGCAGAGAAGUCCAGCCAAGUGGGAGCCUUUGUCUGGAGCCACCUCUCUCAGCUGCUGGAGACUGAUGACCCCCUCAAACGUUCCCUUCGGGACUCCCUCCCUGAUGAUAUCCUCAGCCAGGAAUUUGAGGCCGAGACGUGGAAACAUUCCUCCUAUUCAGAUGUCACCUUUCACUCAGCCUCUAGCAGUAUGGGUGCCAAUCUGGAAGCCAUCCUGCUCUUCUCUCCAGCCUCCUUCCUCCCCCAAUCCAUCAUGGCCAACCUGACCAUCCAUGUCAUGGGCCAUGCUAUCAACAUUCUGGAGCUUGGGCUCCGGGUAGAGAAUGCUGAAAAGCUGGCUUCCAGGUGGUUUGGUAGAAAACAAGCAAUGGCAGCAUUCUGGGAUGAUGAGGAGAAGGGUGAAACCAGACCAGAUACUGAUGUGGAUCUGGCAGAUGGAGUCAAUGAGAUGAAGUCUGGGGCAGGGUGCCCAGGUGGGGGACAGAUGAAGGAGCUCCAGGAGAAGGUGACUCAGAGGUGGGGGAAGAGGAGGGACCUGUGGUGUGGUCUCAGUCUGAAAAUCUUUGGAAAUGAGCUUAGCUUUGUGGACUGUGGAGCUGUGAGAAGCCACAUGAAGAGGUACUCCCUGAACUUGGCUGAACUGACUGUCAAGCUGCUCAAGGGUCAGGAGGUGCAGAUUAACAGGAGACUGAGCUUGGCAACUGAAGAGCUCUCCUUUCCAACGGUGUCCGGCCUCCCCAUGCAAGUAGCCUUGAACGCCUCGGCUGCCAUCAAUAUCCGUAUUCGAGGGACUGUGGACUUCAAGCAACUCUCAGAUUUCUCUGUGGAGGGUUAUAUCAAGCCAAGUGCCUUAAUACAGAUCGCAGCUCAUAUGGGUGUAGCAGGCUUCCUGGGGAAAGCAGGGGUGAAGUGGGUGACUGGCAUCCGAAGUUCCACCAGCCUCGAUGGAGGAGUCACAGUGAAAAGGGGACAGGAGCUCAAGAUGUUCCUGAAUACUCCUGAGGAAUCCAUGGAACUGGUGAAUUUCAGCUCCAAGCUGUACCUCACAAAUUUGGAUGGUGUGAUGACUGCUGACCGAUUAAACAGCCCUUCAGAGAUACAAUCAUGCACUGGAGAAGAAGCAUCUCACAUUUGGGGCUGGCAGUUAUGCUCCAAAGUGUCUUACCCAGCCUGGGACCAGCCUUUCUCUCUUGCUGUGCCAAUAGCGGCAGCAGUGACAUUAAAGAAGCAGGACAAGGGACUGAGACAGUACCUGCUAGAAGCUGCCUAUGCUUUUAUACCUCAGAAGGACAGUUGGAUCCCUGAAGAAGCCACCAUCCAUUUCUUUAUGGGCACCCCAAAGUCAGAACGCCCCAGGGACAUGGGUGUGGAUCUCAGCUUCAGUGUGCCUCAGAAGAAGCUCCGAAUCAAGCUACUUCAUCCCAAGAAAAAAAUCAAGGUGGAUGGAAAAAUUGAUUCUCUCCAGAGUACCCGCUUUGGCCACCUGGAAAUGAUCUUGGAUGACAAGGAUGUAUAUUACAUCAAGGGGCUGAGUGACGUACAGACCUCCAGAGGGGAACAGAGAUAUGAGACUCAGCUGGAGGCAAAGCUGAUCAGAAGAGGCAGCCCUGUCAUUCUCAUGGGCAACAUUACCAAACAAAUGGGCAGGAAGAUGACAUUUUCAAUGUCCCUGAUGAAUGUGCUGAAGGACAAAGCCUUCUUGUCAGCAAUCCUGGAGAAGAAGGCAGAGGAUGGAUUCCAGCUGUAUGCACUCGAAGGAGAAGUCUAUCUUCCAGAUAUUGUGGGUUUCCAUGCCAUUGGCCUGUUGCAGCAAAGAGGGAGCCUCUGGACUAAUGCCCUGAGGAUAAAAUAUGGGCUUUUAGGAGAGGCCAAGCACCUCCAGCAGGAAUGCAAUGCCGGCCAGAAGCUCAAAGUGGAGAACCGUCCGGAGGUGUACAAGCUGGACUUGGGGCAUGAGUUUCAUUGCACUCAGGUUCCCACGUAUAAUCACAAGGUUCAACUGCAGCAUGAGGAGAGUGUAUCCCGUCUACAUUCCAUGUUGGAAGUGAGUUAUGGGAAGCACUGGGAUGAGAUCAACAAUCAAAGGAAGCUCCGAGUCAGCCAGACCUUCAAAAAUGACUCUGGCCCAGCCCUGAGCAACUAUUUCAUGGAGUUCCUGCUGCAGAUACCAGAGAGGCAGGUGGAUUACCGAACCCAACUCCAACAUUCCAGCUUCUCACAGGGCCAUGUGGAGAGCAGCACUCAUCUGAAGGUGCAGUAUAAUGGCCGCCUGCCCUUCGUGGCCGGCCUCCAGUGGAAGGACAUGUCUCAAGGUCUUCUGUGGAAAUGGGAAGGUGUGUUGAAUUUGGAUACGCCCUGGCUGCUGUUGUCUCUGGCUCACAGACUGCACCAACCUCACCGGGCUAUGUACCAGGCUACUUGGGAGCUGACGGGAGGGAAGGCCUUGUCCAUCAGGAACCUGGUGGUAGAGCUGUCAUGCAAAGACAAAGUCCGAGACAAAGAAGGCAAAAUCCGCAUUUACACGCCAACCACCACCUACCUCAGGGGAGUAGAGAUACAGAGAAAGGCCUUUUGCAGAAGCUUUGAGCUGAAGGAAACUAGAGAAAUCGGGCGUCAGAGACACCCCUUAAAACUGCCCAUCCCUCAGAGCCUCCUCCUGCAAGAGACAUUUACUGCGGACAAAAGUCAAAAGCACUACAUGUUGGAGACCAAAGUCUUGGUGAACGGGCUGGAAGAAUGCCUACAGACCCUGACCCUGGGCUACCAGGCUGACCGCCCCUAUAUCUGUGCUACUCUGACUCAUCCGUACAACAGCAAGGUCAUCCCCAAGAGCAUAGACACGUGUGUGGUGACAAGGAUUCGACAAAACGCUAACCAGGAGGUGGAGGCUGCUUUGAAAGUUAAUCAGAAGGAUGUCCUCUACUUGAAAGGAAGACACCAUAACAGGUCUAUGGAAGGAGAUUUCCAUCAUGGUCUAAACUUGGAUUUGACCCAUUCAACUCAGCUGAGCAUUCCCCAGACCCUGGGUUUAAAUGGUGAGAUCUUCUUCAAGCAACGGCCACUGGGAGAGUUUGACUGUGGUAUAACGGUGCAAGCUUCUGUCAGCCAGAAGGUCACAUCGCAGUUCUUGCUUCAGUUGAAUGGAUCCAAGUCUCAUUUUGGGGUUUUCUCCCAACUUAGCCACCCUGCCAGGGUGACAUUUCCUCCAAAUUUCCAGGUCCAGGCUGCUGGCAGGCUUUACAAAGAUGGAGGCAUCAAUGGCUCCUUGUCUGUGCAUGCCUCAGGGAAGGAGCUAACUGUGCUAGAGGCCAGCAUGAGCAGAGAGCCCAGGAAGAGCUCCAAGGGCUGGGAUGUGAGCGCUGUCUUCCGACAAGCCAUCCUCACUGAGCCCAGAGCAGUGAGGCUACAGCUGUCCAGCAAGAUCACUCCAGCAAGGGUCUGGUUCUUUACUAAGAUGAAUCUCAAUCAGAACAAUGUCCAGAUGUUUUUCACAGGCUUCAAGGAACAGAAGGUGGGACCCAUCCUGUCCCUGAAGGGCAGAGUCCAGCACAACAUUGACAGUUGGGGGGCUGUUCCAAAGCUCCUCGACCUCACUGGAUCUCUCAAACAGAAGAACCACAGCAAUGAGGGGAACCUCAGUAUCCUCAUUGAUGAUGCCAUGUUCGGGCUCCGUCUGAGGGACAAACACAUGAUGGGCAACAGCAGCACCCGCAGUGUGACCUGUGUGAUGGUUCAGAAUGGCAGUCAGGCCCUCCCUGGAGAGCUGAAGCUGAGGGGACAGCUACAGAGCCAGCCUGAUGGCUUUCGUGGCCAUGCCACCUUUCAUGCAGAUGAGACUGUUUUGUCCCUGGGCACAGCCUGCAUCACAGCUCCUCCGCACAGGCAGCUCUCUGCCAAUCUGGCCCACAACAGUAGCACUUUAAGAAAUGCAGGACUGCCCACUAAUGGAGAGAUUCUGUUCUCCCAUACCUACCUUGCUCCCAACCACCGGCUGAUCCUGGGGGUGCAGAGCCCCAGCAGCCGUAUGGAUGCUGCCUUCAGAGUAGAAGGCCCUUCGGGGGAAUUCCCAGAAACCCGAAUCACAGCAAACUUGAGCCAUAACUCGGAGGACUUCAGGCAGCUUGGUAUCCCUUUUUCAGUUGAAGGAGAUUGUUAUUACCAGAACUCUGGCUCCAGGCUGGUGGCUAGCGUGAAGGCUGGUUUAGAUGGUGAGCACCUUUGGAUGGCGCUAGAAAGAAAGAAAAAUGGAAGCAGUUCAGAAGAGGUAGUUCUGGGGCUACAGCACAGCAUGGCUGGACUCCUUGGUGUGGUGCCCUCCCGGCUUCAGGUCAGCUGCAGUGGUGAGACCUCCUCCAGCCAGCUCUCCGGUCACUGCAGGGGAGAUGUCUCCCGCCAUCCCUUCGAGGUACAGACUUCCUUCUCAACUAUGGGGUUCCGUAGAUGCGGUGCGCUGAGGUUCAACUACUGCCAGGAUAGCCUGAGUGUGGGUGGCUGUCACGGGAGAGGCCACAGGCAGGAGGUCACGGGAGAUCUGGUGCACACAUUCUCCUACCUCGGUUCCCUUUACAUCCCAAGAGACAUGAAGGUCAGAGCCUUGCUCAGGAGUCAGCCCGGGAGGCUGAAGGCCAGACUAAACCUAACGGCAGAAGGACGGGGGAUCCACACCCACUUGCAUGUCCAGAAUAAGCCAGGGUUCAGAAAGUGCAGAGUGGCUUCUUCCACCCGGGGAGACGCAGAUGCACCGUCCUUCCGCUGCACAGCAGGGAUGCGGGAGUUUCCCAAGUCGUGUGGCCCUGGGUUUGAAGGGCAUAUCCGUGCCUCCCUUGACAGACAGGGAGGGCUACUCUCAGUAAGGACUCAAGGGCAGGGCUGGGGCAUUGCCAAGGUCAAGUUACUCCAAGCCCCGUCGCCGAACCUGAAAGCACGGAACUUAAGCAGGAGGUGGUCAGUGGCAGUACACUCGAAAGCAAAAGCUGGAAAAAUGAAGGGCAGCUUGGAAGUUCGAAGCAACCAGGAUUCCUUCCACACAAGUGGGAUUAUCUGGCUGCUGGACCACGGGGCCAGGAUAAACUGGACUUGGGAGCACCAGUGGAGUCGGCUGAAGACCCUCCCUGUGCCUUCAAGUCUCCAGCUGGCGGGGUGGGUGACCCACGGUCCGACCUUGCUAGUCAGUAAGGUCCGAAUGGCUGUGGGAGGCCAGCCACUGAGCGUGGAACUGCUGACCUCUUGGGGGAGGAAGACAGAGCUACAGGCGCUGCUUCAUCACGCCAUCCCAAGCUGGCUGCGGACUGGCAUCCCCGAGAGAAACUGGCUCCGUGGAUCAGCUCAGCUUGGGGGUCGGGCAGACCUGAGCCUGGAGGUGCUGAGCGGAGCCUGCAGGGUGUCCGGGAUGGGGCGACGAGGGAGGAAGCUGCCCGGGCAGUGGGAGCUAGCUCUCCGUGGUCACUGCCCCUACUUCCAGAAUCCAGCCGUGAUGUCCCUGAAUGGUUCCCUUCUGGCACAUGGCUGCAAGGCCAGCCUGGUUGGACACCUCUCUUCUGGCGAAGACUUUACGCACAUCUACUUCCACACCUUCUGUGGAUUCCACAACCACUUGGAAGCUCGACUUCAGCAUUCCUGGCCUCUACUCAAGGGACUGGGCAUUGCCAGAGAAAACCAGAUCAGGGUGUCAACUACAAGAGGAGAUUCACCAAGGGCACUGCUUCAAUUGACUACAGGUCCAUGUUCUGUGAUGGCAGAUGGAGAUGUCAGGACGGAAAACAACACGACUCACACCAACUGGACCUUUUCUCUGGGAAAUCAUUGCCCUAUACUGGAGAAAGCAGGCUUUCCCCAGAGCUUAGCCACAAGGGGCUCCCUCAGGGUUGGACCCUGUAGUGGUGACCUCACCAUGGCCCUCCAGAGCGAUGGAGGAGAUGCCCACAUGCACUUAGCAAGUUCCUGCAGACAAAAGUCCUUGGUGCAAGGAAGCCUCCAGCACUCCUUCGGGCCCCUCAGCCGCCUGGGGCUGCCCCCCAGCAGCGCCAUCCAUCUGCAGGCAGGGUUGGACCCAGAUCCACAAAGCUCCUUGACUCUCCAAAUUGGGCAGUGCCAGCUUCAGGGCAGUAUGGAACUGCAGCCCGGGAACAAAACCCAGUGGGUGCUGGAGACAGAGAUGGAUUGUGAGCUGCUACAGGAGCUCGGGAUCCCCUCCCAGAUACGCGUCAAUGGAUCCGCGCAAGUGGGGGGCUGCCAGACCAAGCUGCUCUGCACCCUGAUGACGGCGGGUGGCCGGGCAGCCUACUUGGAGCUCCGGGGAACGUGCCAGCCCCAGCUCACCAUCCGGGCCGCACUCCGGCACAACUUGCCGGCGCUCUGGCCCGUUCCGGAGGAGACCAAGCUGUCUGUUCAAGCUGGCAAACAGGCCAAGUACCAGCUGGGCCUGGAGCUGAGAUCCGGAACCUGCGAACUCCAAGCCAAUGGGGAUCUGCAUCUGGAGAAGAGAUUCCAAUGGAGGGUGCUCGCAGAGAACUCGUGCCCAGCGAUGCAGGCUCUUGGAGCCCCAGGUAGGAUUGAUGGCUCAGGCUACGUGGUGGUGAACAGUGUGGAUCUGGAUGCCCAGAUGUUGGUCACUGUGGAUGACAGCACCAUCCGAGGGCUCCUCAUCCUAAAGGCCACUGAGACACACCAAGAACUAGACAUGCUCUUCACCCACAACUUCCCUGACAGUGUCCACUUUGGCAUCCCGGCUCGGACCCUGCUGGAUGUGACCACAGUGAGAAAUAGUCACAGUUACAGGAGGACUAUCCGAUUUGGCAUGGACAGCAAACAGAUUUCUGAAGAACUCAGUUUCACUCAACAAUCAGACUAUGUUUCUCUUGACUACAAAAUCCGACACAAUGUCCCAGCAUUGCAGGCACUGGGGGUGGAAGACAGGAUAGAACUACAGGUCUCUCUGGAUCAGCAAGCAGCCAAGAACUUGAGUGGCAGGGCCCAGUAUGGCUUGGGCAUCAUCAUCUUUGGCGGCCAAAGCCGAAGCAGCGUGGCCAGACAGUCCUGGUCAGGGUCCCUUUGGCACAACUGGCCUGUGUUGUUGCAGUGUGGACUCCCAGAAUCGCUUCAGCACGAGCAUCGCUUAAAUCCCCAUGGUGUUCUGGUACCACAACUGCUGACCCUGGGCUCCCCCUACCAACAGGGCCAAGACUCCCCCAACCAGGGGAGAAGUGGCAGCAAGAUGUUCGUGAUGUACCUCCAAGGAACCAGUCCCAACAUGGACAGCUCUGUGAAUAUUCUGGUGGGGCAGACCUCUCUCAACUACACCAUGAGCUGUUCUUACACUGGACAGCAAAUGGCAUUCUCCUGUUGGAGCAAACAUAACAGCUCUGCUCUGAGGCUGGGAACCGGCUACCCAGAAGUGGUUGGUCUCACUGCAGUGCUGCGGACACAGGAUAAUCGAGAUGUUGUGGGGUAUUCAAAUAAUCACCGAUAUUACACAGCUGGCUGGGUCCUCCAGAUGUCCCAGGCUGCUGGGAGAACACUACAGGCUGGGGGGAAAGCUGCAGCUGGACUGUGGAGGCAAAGCUCAGCCAGGCAGGUGCUGAGACAUCACCUCCCCCUGCACCUGGAGAGGCUCCAGAGCAUCAUGGAACAGACACAGAGUGAGCUGCAAAAGCCGCUGGCCACGCUGAAGGCUGCCUACUACGAAGUCACGCUCAAACCCCUGGACGAGGUAUGGCAGGAGAGAACCGAGGAGGCGAUGAGGAGGAUACAGGCUUACGUGCCUUCAGGGAUGAAGGACACCUGGCUCAUGAGGCCCAUCCUGCUGUCUUUGCAAGCUGUGAAGGGGGCCCUGGAUCUGGCUGCCCACCAGAUACUAAAGUGGGCAGAAGCCAAAUUCUCCAAAGCAGUCAGAAGAAUCCGGAAACCUUUGUCCAGUAUUUACAGCUUCUCUGCAAGGAACUGCUCCGUGGUGGUGAGGCUUCCAGUGCUACCAGAAGGGGACCAGCCAAUGAACCUGGCCAAGGUGACCAAUUACCUCAUCGAGGAGAAGUUGCUGCAGCCACUUCGUGAGCUGUAUGGCGUCAACCUCCUGGCAGAGUACUAUGGAAUCAAGCAUCGGCUCCUGGAGAACCCCUUUGAGCACCACGCCGUGAUGAUUGGGGACAGGCACGUGGUGACAUUCGAUGGGCAGGUCUAUGACCUUACCUCCAAAUGCAGCCUGGUGCUCGCCAAAGACUUUGCUCACAACUCCUUCAUGUUUGUACUGAACCAGUCAAGCACAGGCCCGAGAUCCCUCUAUGUGGAGCUGAAUAACACGGCCUUCAUCAUCUAUCCAGGGCCGAAGGGCUACAACAUAUAUGAGUCUUCCUUGAUGGGAGAGAAUUGUCUGAGCUUGGAUCCACUGCCUGCCAAGGUCAGAGUCAAUGGGAGGAAAGAAAUUCAUAGAAUAGAAUUGUCCAAUGAGAAUGGUGCAGUGAUCUCCUGCGACAUUCAUUCUGAUCUCUGUAGUAUGACACUGGAUGGCUGGAACCAUGGUAAGUCUUGGGUGGAUGGUGAGUGCAGGGCCCAGAGGAAGAGAGAAGAGGUCUGUCUCAGGGCUUCUUCUUCCAGACUCUGCAAGGCAUUCUUUCUGGAUGCCCAUUCUGAACUCCGGAAUUGCUUCCGAGUGGUGGAUCCUGCCCCAUUCUACCGCAUGUGUGUCCGGGACACCUGCGAGACAAGUGAGCUCCAGGCAGCCUGCAGAAUGGUCUCUGCCUACAUCCACCUAUGCAGUAGAAGCUUUGUUCCUCUGGGAACUCCUCCUCCUUGCUAUGAACAAAUCCUCUUGGCCGCAGCAACUCAUGGAACCAUCCCCAAAGGCACAGAGGAAAUCGAAUCAGAGAUCACUUGCAAGACGGAGGUGUUUCAUUUCACAGCAGGGCUUCAGAUAGAAAUAAGGAUUGAAUAA